CCAACUCAUUAAAGAUACAGUAAACGAUAUUAAAUUAUAUACUAACUUGUCUAAAGAAUGUUUAAGUAAGCGUAUUGUAUUGUUCCGACGGUCAUAAUUUGAUAUAUAAACUUUUCACCAACACUUUUGGACAUAGGUUGGAACUACUUUAUUUUGCGAACAUCGCAUAUUUUUGCAUUAACAUGGGUGACUUGGCUUAGUUAUCUUUACCUUCAGUUGCGUGUUGUGGUAGCCCAAUUGGUAGAUUUUUGAAUAAAAAACGCUAUUUUAGGAAUGUUAUCGAUAAUCUGGAAUUAACCGAAGCUGUAAUAUACUGCAAUUUUCAGUCUCAAUUCUGGAAACUACCACAAUUUUGGAGAUAAACGCUGGAAACUACUUAAAUUCGGAACUAUCUUGUGGCCUCCAACGGAGAGUGAGACCAUCUGCAAAGGUGCUAAGGGAUAUACUACAUGUAGGCUAAAUCAAAGACCAGCAAAAGAGGACCAGUUUCAUGGAACCUUAUAUUGAUUCAAUUGGUGGUCAGCUGAUACAGCGGUCUGUGAUCGUUCAAAAAGAUGAACGAGGAUAUGGACUGACUGUCAGCGGGGACAAUCCGGUAUUUGUGCAAAAUGUUAAAGAUUAUGGUGCUGCAUAUAAGGCCGGUGUACGUCAAGGCGAUAGGAUAAUCAAGGUUAAUGGAACUUUAGUCACUCAAAGUAACCAUAUGGAGGUAGUUAAUAUGAUUAAAGCUGGUUCUUAUGUGGCAUUAACCCUCCUUGGACGUCCACCUGGUUCAACUCAACCGUUACCUCCACCACAUCAACCGAAUCAGAAUUCUUCUAAUCGUACUACUGUAUCGGGCCCCAGACCAGCCGCACCUGAAAAGGAUGCAGAGAUGCGCAACGAGCGGGUCACCACGAUGCGCAAGAUGCUGGACCAGGAAAAGGACCUCUACGAGAAAACUAAAGCGGAAUACUUUCGCAGUCCGACAGAGAAGUUGCAGAAAGAUUUAUCAGGUGCGACAACCCGUGUCAAAGUACUUGAGCAUCAGCUCGCUAAAUUAGCAGGGAUUUCCUCUGUCCAAACACUUGGAUCAAAGGACCUGCAGUUCCCAGGCUUCAUGUUCUACGUAACUCCCCCCUCCUCGCCGGUAUUUCGAGAGAAUUGCCCGAGUUUCAGUAACCCAGACAGCCCAGCCAGCGAUACAGAUACCCAGCGUUCCCCAGAGGAUGUGAUACGAGAACGCAGAGAAAAGAAUCGAUUAACAUGGUUGAGUCAAGGAGGCUUGCAUGCCCGCCAGCGUUCAAGUCCGGACACUUUCUUCCAUCAGGAAUCGCAUACGAAGAAAACGAGUCUAAAGCGCAAUAACUCGGAUGCAUAUAGGAACGAUAGCCGAUCAAAAGGUCUGCGACAACAUGAGAGUAUGUCGCAGAAGAGUCGACUAGACAACUCACAGCUUGAUUUUUUAUCCUCUGGUAUUUCCCUUGACAGCGAUAGCGCUGCAGAUAGUUCGCCAAACACAACCCCGCCCAUUCAACGACAUGGUUUUAUAGACGAUGGUGACGGAGAGACAUGUAAACUCGGUACAAGCCCACAAUCGCAUUUAGCAGGCAUGGAGCCAGUGUACCAUACAAUAUCCAAUGAUGAUGGCCAUGUUAGGUCACAAUCACAAAUUAUGUGCAUGGAGGACGAAGAAUUCCAGUCUGAUGGAGAAAACACUUCACCAGUUGUAGGCAAUACUAACUGUACUAAUAAUAAAUUUAAUCCUCUUGAAGAUCACGGACCAUUUAACGACUUAGAAUCAUUAGUAAAACGGCCGGCCCAUAUGGCCGUCUUCAUGCACUACCUCAUAUCCAACAGUGAUCCUUCCAGCUUGUUUUUUUACUUAGUAACUGAAAGCUAUGGGACAGGCUCAUUAAAAGACAUGAAGAAAUGGUGUUAUGAAAUCUUCUCAACAUUUUUGGCACCAACAGGGCCAUUGCGAAUACAAGUAGAAGAAAAUGUGGUGCAAAAAAUUGAAAGUAUAUUGUCAAAUAGUAUGGACAAUGAACAAGCUAUGAAGAAGGUUUUUGUGGUCGCUCGUGAUGUCGCCACAACUGAGAUCCGCGAUCUUCUUGGAGACUACCGUAGUAAACGCGCACUUGGUCUUGGUUCCAUCUUCGGCGACCAGAUGCUAAGCAACGAAGACAUGGAUAAAGCUUCAGAGCUGAGAGUUGUUGAGCAGACACUGAUGCCCCAUCUGGAGCGAUUAUCAAAAAAUCAAGCAGAAAAGGAAGACAAGAAUGUUGCUAUGGCAGCAGCCAUCAACACAUUCAUGAAACAAGUUGGAGUGAAGGAGAACAGUCUCCUUGAAAGAGUCCAAAGUUUCGCUGCAAAGGAUAAAAGUAAAUUAAAAAUAGGAAAGAAAGGAAAGUCAAAAAUAACAGUCAAAGGUCAUACAUUUAUUGAUUAUCACUGUACGGGUCCAGUCUUCUGCCAUCACUGUAAAGGAUUAUUAUGGGGAGUAGGCUACCAAGGAUUGCAAUGUCAAAAUUGUGAAAUGACAAUACAUAGAACAUCCCCAUGUGUGGACCAAUUAGAUAAAGUUUGCAACAAGAAGGAUAAGCGGCAAUCACUAAUGAACAUAUUAUUUAUAAAGGGCAAUCCUUCAAACAAUUCUACUGGCUCAGUGUUUUAUCCAGGCGAUAGAAAUCCACUGAGCCCUGAUGAAGUUGAAGGUAAGGUGAUAACAUCACCAUCUCCAACCAACCUAGGCAAGGUGAUACCAAUGGUGCAGAGGCAUGAGGAUGCAGAAGUCAUGGAUGAAAUGCAUAAUCGCAAUAUUGUUGGGUCUAUGAUAAAUCAGUUUGAAAUGAAAGAUGACAGUUUGUCAAUGCUUGACACGUGCAACGUCAUGGAUAUUCUGAAUGAAUGUUCCGAGGAAGAGGAAGGGCAGCCAGUCCGUAGAUCAAAUCUAUCUCGGUCAGAAAGUCUUCAGCUUAAGGGCGAGGAGAAAAUCAAAGCCGGUCAUGGAAGGCGUUCAAAAAGUUCGAGUGACCGUGCUCAUUGUCGAUCUGUGGAUGAUGUUGAUCUGGACACGGAGAAAGCAAAUUCAAUGAUGUCACAGUGUUCAUCAUCAUCAAGCAUGUCAACCAGAAGCCAUGAUUCACUAUUUUCAUCGUGUGAGACGACCUUCCGACACGAAGAUAAUGACGAUUCAGAUUUGGAUGUAGAGAAUGUGAUCCCCAAUUGGCAAGACAAUGUUAGUAAAGAACUUCUGAAGAAAAUGAAAUCUAAAGAUAUCAAAAGGCAAGAAAUUAUAAAUGAAUUAUUCCACACUGAGAGGACACAUGUUCGGGGUCUGAAAGUCUUAGAUCGUGUGUUUUUUCGUCCAAUGCAAGCAGAGCAUAUCUUGGACCAAGAGAUUAAAUUCAUUUUCCCAAAUCUACCAGACUUAAUUGAGGUGCAUACAUCGCUUAAUAAUGCAAUGAAAAAGCACAAAGAAGCCUCUAGCAAUAAUGUAAUUGAAGAAGUCGGGGAUAUAUUGUUAAACAAGUUUGAUGGGGCAGAAGGUGAAAGAAUGCGAAAGGUUUGUGCAACGUUUUGUGAAAAUCAAGCGGCAGCGCUUGAGAAUCUAAAAGCAAAGCAAGCAAAGGACACAAAAGUAGCUCAGUUUAUGAUGGAAGCUGAGUCAAAUCAUUUAUGUAGACGACUACCAUUCCCAGGCAUCAUUUCCAUUGUAUAUCAAAGAAUCACGAAGUAUCCACUACUUAUAGAGAAUCUUUUAAAGUACACGCAAUCUUCUAGUCCUGAAGCUGAGAAAUUGCAGAAGUCACUAGAAUGCAGUAAGCAGGUGCUUGGCUAUGUAAACCAAGCUGUGAAAGAGUGCGAAAACCAACAGAAACUGAAUGAGAUCAGUCGGAGGAUGGACACUUCACCUCUGGACCGGUCAAGCAAUCCGAUUGUACAAGAAUACAAGAAUAUUGACAUAACGAGUCGGAAGUUACUACAUUAUGGCGACUUAACAUGGAAAAUAGGAAAAACAAAAAAAUUAGAUUUACAUGUUCUUCUACUUGAUGAUAUUCUUGUCUUGUUACAAAAGCAAGAUGAGCGAUACGUAUUAAAAUGUCACAGUAUGACGGUGCAACGUGGCGAUGAUGUGCGGAAUACACACAGCCCGAUUGUCAAGCUGGCCACACUUCUUUGUCGGAAUGUAGCUACAAACAAAAAGGCAUUUUUCUUAGUCAGUACACAAAUAACUGGACCGCAAAUCUACGAGCUGGUUGCAGCCACAGCUAUUAAGAGGCAAGCGUGGAUGGAUGUGAUCUUAGCUGCCCAAGAGGCAGCGAAGAAACGCCCUUCGAGGAGGAGAGAAGGACGAGUUGCCCCGAUGCCACCGCCAAUACCAGCGCCAGAUGAUCGGAGUGAAAGCAAAACGAAUGAGGUGAUAGUGACCCCUACUCAACCAUCCCAGAAGCCUGUCGUAGUUGAGGGACCAAAGAUUUUUGAUGGGUCUGUAACUGUUGUUAGAGUAGAAGAGGCUGUUCGACAUAAAACUAGGACUAAUAGUUUGGAAUCAUCAAGUCGUGGUUUCGAUGUAUUGCCAAAUGCCCAGCAGUUGAGUAACCAAGAUAUUACCACACCUCUCACUGACAUUUUGAAAAAGUCAUUGGCAGAAGAUGCUUCCAGUAAGGAUGUAGUCCAGUAUUUGAUGCGACUUACAAGGAAAUGCAAGCAAACAAUAGAACUGGUUUCAGAUAAGAAUUGCACUAAAAUUCAUAUAGACCAUAUUUCACUUGCCUCCGAUAUGUAUACUCAGCGACUUAAGGAAUUAAUGAAAUCGCUGAUCAAUGAUGAUAAACAUAUGACAGAAAUGCAGAAGUUGUUAGAAUCUGAAAAGUUGGAAAAUGAGAAAUUAAAACAGAGAAUUGCUGAGCUUGAAGCUGAAUCAAGGUUGAGAACUGUUGUGCCUUCAGAUAGUCCUGCUACUUUGGAGCAAGUGUCUUCACUAACACCAUCUGACAAUGAAACAAAUUUAAAAGUUUUGAAAUCAAAUAAUAAAGAUUCAAAUGAAGAAAUAAUGACAAAGAGUACUGUUGAAUCAUAUUUUAAUGAGGAAAUAAAUGAAAUAAAUAAAGUUAAUGAAACAGAAUUGAAAACAUCAGAAGAGGUUGGUGAUAAUAAGAUUGAUGCAAAUGCAGAAAAUAACGUACAAGUUUAUACACAUGUUGAAAGGACAGGAUUAGAAUUUGAAAAUAUUGAACAUAACUGUGAAGAACAAGUAACAAAUUUGGACGAUUCUGAUCGUUUAAGUACACAGUCUGACGAUUCACAUUCAUAUGAAAGUAUACCACUAAUACAUAGGAAAUCUGAAUCCGGAUCUGGAUCUGAUCACGAUGUAAGUCCACGAAACACGCUUCAUUUUGCUGUAACCAUGGAUUCCAGUUCACCAGUCAGCAUAUUAAAUAAGGAAAAUUUCCAAAUUGAACCUUUAGUAGAAAAUAUGAACAAGAGUAACCAAGUCGAUGAAGAUGAUGACGACGAUGGUGAUAUAACCAUUCCUGCAUACCCUGAGGGAGAGAUAGAGGCAGCACUUCCAACUGGACAGUUGCAUCAUGUGAAAAUGGCCAAAGAGGAAGUGGUAAUGCAUGAGGCACCAGAGUUCUUGCAUGACAGCGAUGCAAAGGAAGUGACAAUAGAUGUAUUACCCAACAGCAGGCCACAUAGCCUGAUCUCUGUUGGUUCGUCAACAACUACAGAAGGGAUGGAGUACAUGGACAACCAAUUUGAGAGCGAGGCCAUGCAUGCCAUUUUGUCCAAAGAGAAACUUCUAGAACAUGGUGAGUUCAAAGAACAUGAAAAUCUGGUGUAGUAGAGAGUGGAUCUAUCUCGAACAUUCUUGAUGCCUUUUCUGCUGUUUCCAAUUGAUGUAGUACUAAAGCCUGAGCUACUGAUCUGGACUUUGUGCUGGUAACAAUCACAUAGUGAUGUAGUGUAGAGCAAGUGUUCUUUAAAUGCCUUUGUAUGCUUGCGUAUUAGAAAGCUAAAACAGUUUAAUGUCUGAAUUUAUGCUGCCAUCUAUAGUUUACUUUGACAUUUUUCUAAACUAUAGAGGGCCGCAAUUUUAGGUUUUGCUUUCCAAGACUUGACAAAAUGGACACUGAAUAUAAGUAGUAAAGUACUGUAUCUCAUUUCCUGUUAACCCUUCCUUUUGAUAAUAAGGAAAAUUCUCUGCAACAUAUUUUGAUAGUUUUGUUGUACUAUUAGUAAGUUUUACACAUUAUAUGAAAGAAAAUAUUAAAGAGAAAAUUGUCAUAUUGUCAUGUUAGUGUCUAAAGUGUAAUUAAUAAAGUAGUAUUGUCAGCCAUUUUAUAGAUGUCAAUAACAAGGCAUAUGUUUUAAAAAUUGAACAUAGUUUCACAUAUCAAGAAAGGUUAUUCAAGAUUUAGUAAUCAAUUUUUUUGUAUGUGUCAAGUAUUGUAAAGAACAAUGUUGAUGACUAAAAUUAAAGCUUGCUUGUGAUAAACAAAACAGGUUUGCUUUGUAAAUUUGCAGUUGUAGAUAAUACAAAUUGAAUAAUGCUUUUUUGUCUAUGAAAACCAGUUCACCUAAAGAUUUUGUAAUAUGUUAAAAAUUAAUUAUGUAUGAAAAGUGUCUGUAUCUUCCAAGUAUAAUACAAAUCUGAGUAAAUAUAUUAAACUUACCAUAGGUGUAAAUUUGUCUGGAUGAUUUUAAUUUUUGAAAGAAAAGACAAGACAACAAUAUAUGUAAAAUUGUACUCCUGUAAUUUAGACAUGUCAGGCAGUAGAAUUAUUUUUGAAAUUUGUGAAACAUGAAUAAAUAAAUGUAGGCUGUAAGAAUUGAGGAGAUUUUGAUGGUAUUAUCUUGUCAUGACACCUGACCCAAAUACUGUCUUAAUCUCUGAUGCCAGGUAUUGAGUUGAUCUCAUUUGUAACUGCUUAUACAUAAUAUGUAUAUAACAAACUCUAGCAAUCCUUAAGAUAAGCAUUUAUUUUUUAGUUUCUUACAUCUUACUUGCAAAUAUGCCCAGAGAAUAUGAAUUUUAUUUAUUGAAUAAUUUUGAAGAUGGAUAUAUAAUGAAAUAAAUCUGUAUAAAAUCAGUUUCUAUCACUUAAUGAGAAUGAUGUACAAAAGCUCCAUUCAUGUUUAUCUUAUAGGUCCCCCAAACAAUUCCUAUCUCCUAUCUUUUAUAUUAUGUAAAUUAAAAAGUCAAAGUUUAAGAGAAAAUGACAUCCCUGAUGUGAUGAAUAGUAGUUACUUAAAAUAUACUAGUAAGAAUAACAGUAGAUUUAAGCUCUAGAUUAGCAAUAACGUUUUAAACUUAAAAUAUACCAGUGCCUCUUCAAAAAGCCAAAUCUACUGUUUGUGAAACUUUAAAAGGAAAAGUCGCAUUGUUUAAGUUGAUGCUAAAAUCUUAUAUGUUUGUUCAAAUGAAUGUGUUUUCAGUGGGUAUUAUUACGUCAUCAACAAAUUCAGCAAUUUUUUGUAAUUUCAUAUUUUGUUUAGGCCAUCAUAAUUGGGGGUUUAUAAUAUUCUAUUUGUUUUCAGUAUUAAAAUUACAUAGGUUUUAACAUUACAAUUACAUAUGUUGACAGCAAAAAUAAUCUUGAAGUAUAGUAACACAGAAAGAAAUCUUUCUUUCUUCUAUCUCUUCACUCUAAAUGUAUUCAAUUCCACAAUAAAUCUAAUUUGAGUCCGGGAUGACAAGUCAUUUCAAACUUCUCAGCCAAAUAUUGCUGAGGUUUUUAAAGUGUAUAAGAUUGUAAAGUAUGCUCGGUAAAAAGGUUAUUUGUAAAUCUUUAGGUUUUAGUUAAAUGUAAAAGUUUGUCUAGUUUCUGUUGUUAAUGCUUAUAAAAACAAUCAUGGUUAUUAGAAUUUCAUAUUUUUUUAUAUUGCACUUCUUUGUACGCUGAGAUGGUUUCUAAAAUUAUCCGUCUCCGAGAUUUGAAUUUGCCAUUAUUUGUCUAGCCUAUUAAUUUAUUUUAAAUCAUAUUUUCUUAGAGAUUAUACUUUUGGUAUUGUAAUUGAAACAUUUUAAUACAUCUCUUCCCAUUCAAAAUGGAGAAUUUGAAGGUGAUGCUUGAAGGGGAAUGUGAUAAAAAUCAGGAAGAAUUUGAUUGGUUGAGGAUGCUUUUCCUAAUAAAUAAUUCAUGAGUUCUUGAAACUAUGUCAACUUACAAUGAACAAUCAAUAUUUUAUAUACUGUAAAAGAACUUUGUUUUUGUUUAGCGAUCAAAUAAGUGUUUAAAUAAUACUCAAUUGUAAUCAUUGUGCAAAUGCUUUGAAAAUUUUAAAAGAUGGGGGUAAAUUAUUUUGUGUUUGGAAAAAAUACAAAUUCCAAAUGUCAAUGGGAGAUUCCAAAUAUUACCAACCUGUUAUUGAUUUCAUCAAAACUAAUGUUAAAAUCCAAUUUCAGGGGUUAAUAGGAGUGAAAGAGAACCAACGUACACACUUGUUGAAAUGAAGAAUGAUGCUGUGGGGAAUCAAUUAUAAGUAAUGUCCUUGCCGUACAAUUACAAGUCUACCACAUCGCCCUGUUGAGUCUAUUAUAAUUUUGUAAGACAAAGUCUGUGUUGUUGGGUGUUGGGUUAUAUUAAAACAAUACAUGUUUUUGUUUGUUUUUUGGUUUUUUUUUGCAGGUUUUCACUGUGAUAACAAAUCCAAGAUAUGUAUUAUGUGAUAAUAAAAGAAUUUUCUCAUCAUUUAUAGAAAUGUAUUAAUUUAAUUAAAAAAAUGAUCAAAUUCCACCAA